AUGAUCUGGGCAAAUCAAACUGUAGUUACUGAAUUCAUUCUCUUGGGGUUCCCCACUCUCAAACAGUUCCAGUUUCUGCUCUUUGUGGUGAUUUUGGUUAUUUAUAUCACGAGCCUCCUAGGAAAUAUCCUCAUCAUCCUCAUUACUACGGUGGACCCAGCCCUUUCUAGCCCCAUGUACUUCUUCCUCAGGAACUUGUCCUUCUUGGAAAUCUGCUUCACCCUCGUAGUUGUCCCCAAACUGCUGGCAAUUCUCUUCUCUGAGAAUAAAUCCAUCUCCUUCUCUGGAUGCAUAGCACAGAUGUUUUUCUUCUUUUUCCUUGGAACUGUAGAGUGUUUCCUCCUGGUUGCCAUGGCCUAUGAUCGCUAUAUUGCUAUACGCUACCCACUGCGCUACACGAGCAUUAUGAACAGGAGGAUGUGCAUCCAAAUCAUGCUGACCUUGUGGAUCUCAGGAAUCCCUAUGGGGACUGUGCAGGUCAAAUGGCUCUUUAGUUUCCCGUUCUGUGGACCCAAUGAGGUGGAUCACUUCUUCUGUGAUGGCCCUCCUCUCAUAGAGUUGGUGUGUGCAGACACCUACAAGUUUGAGAUGCAUUCCCUCACGGCUACUGUAAUAAUUAUAAUGGUCCCAUUUGUACUGAUUAUAGUGUCCUACAUUUGCAUCAUCCAUACCGUGCUAAGGAUGACAUCAGCAGAGGGUAGAUACAAAGCUUUUUCUACUUGUUCCUCCCACCUCACAGUCGUGAUUCUGUUUUACGGCACAAGCAGCUUGACAUACAUCUGGCCCAAGUCCAGCUAUUCACCUGACACCAAGAAGAUCUUGUCUCUCUCCUACACAGUCAUCACCCCCAUGUUAAACCCCAUUAUCUAUAGCCUGAGGAACAAUGAAGUGAAGGGAGCCAUGUGGAGAACACUGAGCAGAAAAAGAAGUUCAUGGUAA